CUGCUCUUUUUCUCUGCCUGACGCCGUCGAGGCGUGUGCCGUGCCAAGCCGUGCUGAGGCAUGCCACGCGGUCCGGACCGCCGCCGGAUGUUCUGGGUGGGGGAGAGCCCUCCUGGCCAAAAUUAAACCUUUUGUUGCGCUGUUUAGCUUCGCGUGCCCGACGCUGUGCUCCUGGCCGAGGGCGGGCGUCACCAGCGGCAGCAGAGGCGAACCGCAUCAGCGGAGAGAGCGGAGCGUUGUUCCACCGCCCGGCAGCAGCGAGCACCCGAAAGCCGCGCGCAGGGCGUUGUUGUCGGCGGUGCUUGAACCGUGACGAUCCGCUGGGAACGAGGGGGAGGGAACGCCCGACGACGCCGCGGGCUUAUGCGUCACACGACGCCGCUGCCACUGCUCCGGAAUCGGUAAAUGGUCUCUCUUCUGACGCGGCAGGUGGAAAGGUAGAACAAUUCGUGCAGCCGAACCGUUCACCCACCUCCGCCGCAUUGCGUUUUCCCCCGGGCAUCGCGCCGCCGAAGACAACGUGCCUCCCCGGAGAAGUCAGUCGGAUUGCCACCCUCCUCCGUACUCCGAUCCCUUCGACGAACGACUCGGGGGGUCAUCAUAAAACCAGGAGCGCAACAGCUGAGCAAGGGGGGAGGAACUUCGCGUGUUACGUCCAAACGCGCCGUCUCCCUCUCCUUUUUUCAUCUCCCUUUCCAAACUCACUCUCUCUACCGCCCGGCGUGCGUGGUCAGGUGUGCGGAAAACCCCUUUCGUCCUUUUAAAAGUGGGGUCGACAAAUGAGCGCGCUUCCAGUGUGUGUUUUGCUUCCGUGGGACAGAGGUGUCAGUGUUGUCGUCGUAGAGCGCUGAAUCGAAAGUGCUUCGGUCGCGCCACAAGCAAGAAAGCCUGACAGUCGUCGACGUCGCGAGUGGUGCGUGACCUUGUGUGCUGUGCGUGUCGCUGGUGCCUCGGAGGCAGUCGGCGACGCCGCUUCGAUGAGGAUUGACAGCGAGGGCAGCGGGAUCGAGCACUUCCCACAGGCCUACUCGUACCUGGACACGCCGUACCCGGAGACCGACUUCCCACCGGACGUGCGCGAUGCGUGCCUCAAGCGGAGCUCCGUCGGUGCAGAGGUCCGUGCAGCCAAGGUGGUGGUGGUCGGCGACGUCUCCGUGGGCAAGACGUGCCUCAUCACAAAGUUCUGCCACGAGGCCUACGAUGCCAACUACAAGGCGACCAUCGGCGUGGACUUCGAGGUGGAGAAGUUCAGCAUCCUCCAAGUUCCAUUCAGCCUGCAGAUCUGGGACACGGCGGGCCAGGAGCGUUUCAGGAGCAUCACUUCUGCGUACUACCGGGGAGCUCAGGUGGUGAUCUUGGUGUUCGACUUGUCCCUGGCGGCCAGCCUGUACAACACGCCCCAGUGGCUGGAGGAGACCCUGGAGAGCACCGGGACGGGACACGAGCCCCUGCGAUUCCUCGUGGGCACCAAGAAGGACCUCCUGAACGAUGGCUGUCUGGAUGGCAUGGAAGCAGACGCCACCAAGAUCGCGCGCAGACUAGACGCCGAGUAUUGGUCGGUCUCCGCAAAGACAGGCGAGAACGUGCAGCAGUUGUUCUUCCGGGUGGCCGCCCUGGCGUUUGUCCAGUGUCUGACCAGGGAGCUCCAGGAGAGGCAGCAGUCGCCAGAGAAGGCCGUCAGCAACAACUUCGUCCGGUUGCGGAAACGGAAGAACGGCAAGAAGAUCAAGGCGCCCAAGUGCUCCGGCGGCCAGAAGUGCGCCACGAAGUGAAGGCCCACACGCACGCACGCAGGCCCACCGAACCCUCUUGCUGCGCAGGAGACGCAGGCGACGGCCCACGCUUGUGCGUCCGGCGAAGACAUCGCUGCAGCAGCCGCUGGCGCCGCUGGGCCUUUCGUCGAGAAAAAAAAAAUCGAUAGCGUCACGACACGGUGGUCACGCGGCACGGUGGCAUACGGAACAGUCAGCGAGCCGUCAUCGCCUCACGGGACUUUCCGGUCUGGAAGCGGGCCUUCCUGUGUACGACCGGAAGUGUCAUGGACACUGGUGUCGUCGUUGCUCGAGUGGCUGUGUUGUUGCCCCUCUUUUUCACAAAAAAGUGCACCAAACGAUGGCCGUGUGGAGGAACGGGAGCGGCUUUGCCAUGAUCAUUUUUCUUUCUUUUUGCGGGGGCUAACCCUAAAGCGAUGGGGUUUGAUAGCGACUCACCUCAUUGACUCUAUUGCUGUGAGGUUCUGCUGCUAUGGCGCGGAGAAGCAGGUGUCAUUCCUGGACGCGAUGGCUGCAUUCCGAGGCAGGUGGCACUUGUGUAUAUACCGUGAUUUUCAGUGCAAGCUAUAUAUGAGGGCCGGUAUAGUGUAGGAACUCUUCUUGAUGAACUCUGUUCCUUUAUCCACAAUUCACCACCGGCCGAUCGCGGUGAUAACGUGUGGCCUUGCGCUGCUCGGGCCCUUGACGCAGUGCGAAAAGGAAUAGCAUUGUGAUAGAAUGGUUACGUUAUCCCAGCUCGGGAGAUUGAAAUUAAUUGGUAACCCUCCGCUACGGCGCUUCUUAUAGAUGGGAUACCCAUACCUUCGAACCGGAAAGCUCGAUCGGUAAUGACUAAUGAAUAUAUUGUAGAUUUUGCAGAGUGUGGUGUCCUGCUACUCGACGUGUAACGGAUGCGCUGCCACGCGCACUGCACGCUGGUUGUGCACGGUGGUGCUACGUGCUGUGGAUGUGCUACAUUACUGGCUUGCGAUACAUUUCUAACAUUAAGGCUAGAGGUCGUACAGCACCAAGAAUAACCGACGCCUGCGCACUCUGCGUGCAACGUCAUAAUGGAAUGCCAGGCGCGUUCCGUGUUCAGACGUGUAUGUGUUGCCGGCCUUCAGUCGUGACGUCACAGCUCGAAGCGUGCAAUUUCCUGCUGCUAUAAGGAGUGGGUACUGAAUCGAAGCGGUCGCCCUGAGAAUGGCGGAGCGAAAGCCGGUUGGCGAGUUCAGCUUGACUGAAGCAAGUAGCUACUUGCAAAAUAUAAAACAAGGACCUCGGCUACGACAGGCGUCGUGGUCACGGAAUCUUAAUCGUCGUAGCAACCCACAGUCGUAGGCUCCACACCCACAUCGAGCGGAAACGCUCAGGUAACCUUUCCGAAUUGUUAUUUUCGAAGGGCGGUUCGGCGCUAUAGUGAAGCAGCAGUCAAACAAUUCGCGCGUGCAAUCUAUUGUCCAGUUAAGACGCUUUUCAAGGAAGACGAAAAAAAAACGCACGCUUAAGUUUUUGAGGGGAGUAAGAUAGGCUUUAGGCAAAGGCAAGAUAUAGCUUGCAAGGGCCCUACUGCACUGUGUGCUCGGUAGCGUCUCGCAAAUCACGACAAAGCCUCUUCACGGAAAGUAUGCCAGCGGGGAAGCAUGGAAUUUUUACCAAGUGAAGCUCGCUGUGGCUGCAAAAGUUGCCUUGCACUAACUUCGUUUAAAUCGACUCGACGCUAGCGGGUCGAUUCAGAAGUCUAGUUGAUUCAACCCGACCCUACCACGUUUAAAUAAAUCUUGCCAAGCGCAUUGUGUGAGUCAAGCUACUCGUUGCAGGAAGGUAGACCGAAUUCGCCCUAACGCUAUAGUUCGACUCGAUCUGCGAAUGUUCGCAUGAACCCAACGACCGGUUCACGGGAUGACAAGCCGACUCGACCCCACUUUAUUGGGUUCACGUAAGCAUAGCCACAGUGCCACACGGGACCUUUCCCAGAGCAGCUGAUUGAAGCCCGGUAAUCCUCUCGGCGUUGUUUAGUGUGCCUUGAGAGUAAAAGAACUCAACCGCAUACAGACUGCUGCUAUAGAUUGCAUGUAGAAAAGGGUCUGUGUCAAUGUGCAAGUGCUCGUUCGACAGCUUGCGUGCAAAUGCUUUAAGAAAAUUACCCUUAAGUGAUGAAAGGAUAAUCACCUUAAGUGAUUACCCUUUAAGGAAAUUACCCACUGUAUCUGUGCGUACACUGAUACAGUGCACGCACACGCGUUCCUGUCUAGUCACGAGUUUCGACAGGAGUUAUGCGAAGCUCUCUUGCCAUGGCUCCCGUGCAUUGCACCAAAGAUCGUAGGGUGAGAGAUGUUAUGUAACGCACGUUGUUGUAUUUUGUGUCGUCUUCUUGUAUUGUUUUCAUGACCGUCUGUGCUUUGAGAGAAAGAAGCUUAAUUGCUGUGUAUGUUAAAGAAAAACAUUGUAUAGAGUUUGAUUUAAGUUUUUGUAUUGACAAGUGCGAUGUGUACAUGGGCGGGCGUUUUUUAUGACGCAAUUAAAGCAGCAAAUGCCCUAUGAAA